AUGCUAUUCUUUCUGGUCCUUAUUUUCGGAGUAGCGCCUGUCUACAGCGAAAGUUGGGAAAGCUCCGACACCGAUCGCUGUUCUGUGAUUCCGCCAGCAUUUUGGUGUAGCAGUAAAGAGAUCAUGAAAAGUUGUGGAUUUACCGAUGUGUGUAAACGGCAUAACGAUGCUAGUUACAACCAACCUAUCAACAUCACAGUACUGAUUGAAUCACUUUGUCCUGAUUGUCAACGAUGGAUUACCGAAAGUCUUCCAACUAUCUUCAAAAAAUUCAACAAAUUUGUGAACAUUGAAUUUAUCCCGUACGGAAAUGCAAAAGUUGUGAAUGGAUCAAUCGAAUGUCAACAUGGACCAGAAGAAUGCUCGAUCAAUCGAUUCGAGUCUUGUGUAAUUGAUUCCAUGGGAACCCAGGAUCAGUAUGUACCCUACAUCUAUUGCCUCGAAAAUCAGCUGAAGUACAUAUUCGUCAUGUUGAUCAAAGAAUUUGUAUCCACUGAUAUCGGUGAAUAUUAUAUUUUCGAAACGAUUCGAGCUGGAAAGUAG